AUGGAGGUAGUCGACCAGAUUCGCAAUUGUCUAGGAGCGUCCGAUGCAGAAUCUCGACGUGCGUGCGAAAGCCAAGCUCUCCUAGAUUGGGUUCGGUUGCCAUCGAGGAUAUUGCUGCAGCAUUAUUCCGGUGCGUCCACCACACUUCACAAUACCGUUCCUCCAUAUAGUCUGCAACCUCCCAAGGAAAUUAUCAGCAGGGACGGGGAAACACUGCACACAGCCUCGCACGUAGAGCGACCGAGACGGCGGGCUUUCAAUCAACCUCUCCACGCUCAUAAUGCUUUCCCCAGCAUUUAA